CCUACCUGCAUUAUCCUUGGCCGCCGGGCUCGUGCAGCUUUCUCGGCUCGAGGUCACUUUGCGACGGAACAAAGAAUGCGCGCGGGUUGUAGCACGCGCGCGUCCGGCGCGAGUUGUCACUUGGGUCUGUGGCGUGCACGCCGUUGGCACCGUGCUCUUGGGGAAAAAAAACAUGCCCACGGUGGCCCAGCUAACCAUCCCCGCGGCCGCCUUGGUGUGGCUGGCAGCUCAGCGACUGCCUUCGCUCCUGUCCGCAGCCACGAACCUCAGCCUGACGGUGCUGGCGCUGUACUCUGGGUACUGGUUGCUGUGGCACGCCCGCCGAGCACUUUUCAAUGGGCUGGUCGAUCCGAAAGGGAAGUGCGUUCUCAUCACCGGUUGUGACAGCGGCUUCGGUCACAUGCUGGCGAUGCAGCUGGCCAGGGAAGGAUUUUUCGUUUUCGCGGGGUGCUUGGACGAAAAAGGUGACGGUGCCAAGGUUAUAAAGAACGCGGAGAACACUUUAGUGCUGCAAAUGGACGUCACCAAGAAAGACGAAAUAAGUGAAGCACUACGAGUCGUGCAAAACCACUUGGACGGAAGAGAGCUGUGGGCGGUCGUCGCCAACGCUGGAGUCGCCUGCUUGGGCUACAUUGAGUGGCAGCCCAUAAGCAGGGUGCGGUCGGUUUUCGACGUCAACACGUUUGGAGCCCUGUCGGUUGCAACAGCCUUCUUGCCCCUGCUAAAGAAAUCUCGGGGCCGGCUGGUCAUCGUGACAAGUUUAUUGGGUCGUAUGACCAUGCCUGAGUACCUGGCCUACUGCAUGUCCAAGUGUGCCUGCACUUCUCUGGCUGACGGCCUUCGUCGACAGUAUUUCAACACGGGCCUCCGGGUCUGCAUGGUCGAGCCGGGAGCAUACAGAACAGCGCUGGUGAACCACUCUCGGAUGGAAGAAGCGUUCGACCAAGACUUGGAGCUGCUUCCCGACAGAGUACGCGAGAGAAUCAAUCAGAAAGUCGUCGCUUACUUCAAGCACACUGCUGACGUCCUUCAUUCGUCCUUCAUGAGAGACGAGCUUCAGGAGGUGGUCGACGCAAUGAGGAUGGCCGUUCAAGAGAAGCUGCCUCGAGCGUCCUACAGACCGGGAGCCACCGUGCUAGGUCUGGUUCGAUGGUUGCACAACAUCGCGCCGGCCGAGCUGGCUGACGAAGUCAUGGACGCGGCCCGCAGGAUAUCGACGCUCGUAAAGAGAAAUUAGCAAGCGUUUUUAGCGUGAGCGUGGCUUGAUGUUGGCUUUAGGAGUUCAACAAGGCUUGAACGCAAUCCUAAUCCUCAGCGCUAAAACUAUUGAGAGUGCCAUCGAUAAGAACUUUAUGCAAAACUCUUAAACAACUUUAUAUAAACCUCUGUAAGCCUGUUAGAGGUAUAUUAUGUAUUAAACCGAAGCUUUGCUUU